GCUGCUCUGUUGCUCUGCAUGAUAAGCUGCGUAGCUGUUUAGUAUUGUAUAAGCUGUGACUUCUGCAGUUACGCCACUGGAAAUCGAUACGUGUACUUUUCCCUAGUCCGCAUCUGCACGUGCAUAUACGAACAGCAGCAGGAACGAAUUCACAGCAGGAAACACGACAAUAUUGAUUAGUCAGCAGCAAGUUGGUGAACCUGAUCAGUCUUGGAGAAAGGCGGCGACGUUCAAGACCUCCUUUUCAUACGAUAUCAUGACAAAACCGCCGGCAACGCGACCUUCUUAUCCCUAUCACUCCCUUUCACAUCCCUUUUAAAACCCAGAACACGGAAUAAUGCUAAGCGAUCGCAAGUUCUACAUGGACUGUCUGAGUGUAAACGGGCUUAGUUUAGAAAAGUGCUGCCAGGAGAAGCAACAGACUGCUGUGAACAUAACACACCACACUGUAAAACAUCUCAGAAGUAAAUCCAUACAAGCGAAUUGUUUGCACAGGAUCAUCCCAAGGCAUAAGGAUGCAUCAAUAAACAAGAUCAUCGGCGGAAACGUAGAAGAGAUAUACCAAGAUCAUUUUGGACGAUACUACGAUCAUCUUAACGAUGUAAUAGCGAGUAGCAAGAAGUCGAAAUAACCUACGUCAUGCUUUUAUAAACAAAUUGCGAUUCUAAUUCACCAGCGACGACAAAACAACAUCACGCGGCAUCGCCCUUUCAGUUCGAAUUCACCUUUUGUUGUGGACAUUUGAUCAUUGUUAAGUGUGCGCGCAACACAGUAGUUAAUGUGACACGGUGUUUGAGAAAGAGAAAUGGAUUGCAAGAACGCGGUUCCGUCAUCACCGGUGGCACCCACUGCUUUUAUCCAGAGUACCAAAGACCUGGAUAGGAAGGUUCUCAGAGAGACAUUGUAUUCGGAGAUCAUCCAAAGACACAGAAGAUCCAUUUUUGCACUGGGUUCGUUUCUCCGGAUGUUGAAAAGCAAGAAGUCUAACUACAAUGUGAUAAAACAAGACGGAGAAUCCGAAUAGCAGUACUCGACCUGUAUUUUGUGACCAGGAAGAAUGUUUCUUGUUUUUGUUGCGGCUGAUAUUUAUACAAAUUAUUAUUAUUAUACCAAGUAUUUGUUGUUUGUACCUUUAGGAACAUAGCCAAUGUUUGGCAAGUUUGCGCUGAUCUGGCCAUCAGUGACUCGUACAGUGACAGUUGUCGGACUUUAUACCCAGUAAUGUAUAAGACACUUCAAUUUAGUGUAUUUGUAUGUAGAUACCUCAUGAUAACAUAAAAAUGUUAUGUUUGUAAUUGUAAUAUUUUUUUCUACUAUCUACAUUAAAAUAUAGCACCUACUGCAGAGAACUUGAAAAAACAGAGUUUUCGAAAUGGAGACUCAUUAAAGCUAAAGAUUCACCAAAUCAACCUAGAGCAGCUUUGGAAAGCUGUCUGUUACAAGAUGUUCAGCAUUGUGCCGAUAAAAAAGUUUAAAGACAUCCAUGAUCAGGUAUUUUUGAAUAAGCAUACCUGAUUUAGCCGAGGAACGAGUCUAGAUGACAGAGGCGUGAAGGUUUUCGUUUUUUUUUUAAUAUUGGAAACCUUUGUAAGCCAAAAUAUAUCUAUUGUCCUUUUACGUAAUUUGAAGAGCUGAAUUUGAAUAUGUACUGCCAACAAAUUGAAACCGUGAAACCGACUUUGAGAUGAGGAUGGGUCGCUCCAUAGAUACUAGCUUUAGAUUGACAUCUGAUUUGGAAUUUACUCAACUUGAAAAAAAUGGCGUCAAGUAGGUUGAAUUUGCCUUCACACGCAACGCUCUCAUCAGUACAUAAAGAAAUAUGUUCAGCACAAAGUAGACCAUCUGAGAUAUAGUCGGUGAGACAGGUCCAUACAAUUAGUUCAUAUGCAUUUUUCUAGAAACCUCCCUACUACAAAGGUUUAGAAAAUGUUCGCGACUAUAUAUAUUUUCGUCCGAACACAGAUAUCCAGGAAUUUUUAAAAUUUUCUCGUGGUGCACACAAUAUCUACUGUGUAGAGACUACCGGUCAAAAUUUCGUUUUCCGUGCUACAAGUUAUUAACUCAGGCCACGCCUUCUGUAAUUUUGGUUUUUUGUAUCCAGUGAAAAUUUACCGUGAAUCCUAAAUUCAGUUAACGUUUCGUCAAGACAUACGUGCACUCUGUCCUUUAUGUAUCAGAAGCUUAGGUACUAAAAGUAAACACUAUGAACAUAGAUAGAUAGAUAGAUAGAUAGUUUAUUGUCCUAUUAGAUCAUGUUACAUGAUAUAAGACUUGUCAAUAUCAAUUUGAGGGUCAUAUAUGCGUUUGAGCAAAUAUGCC